AUGGACGCCCCGCGGGAACUACACUCAGCCGCACCCCUAGAAAAGCAGCACCACGGGAUCUCCGAGUCAUCUUCUCGACGCUCAGCCACACCUUCUACCUCUUCUGAAGAGGCUUCCGAGUCCCAGCAUCAGAGCCCCGAGGCCACUUCUUCUUCUUUGCCCUCGGCCGAGAAUUACAAACUCACCCCUGACACAAUCUCCUCCACGAUCGAGAUGACCCCCUCUUCUCCGUUCGAAUCCCCUCCUGCCGGCAUCACCAUAGCUUCGCUACCCUUGACUCCGUCGCACUCUUCCAGUGAGCCGUUCACCUCGGCCGCCCCGUCUUGGCCGGUUGUGUCCAACCACGGCGGACGGGUCCAGAGACUGAGCGACUACUACGCCGAGUUGAGGAUCUUGAUGGACGGCGGUGGGCUCGAUGAAAACACCAGCAACACCGACAACAUUAUGAACUCGAACGGGUCUUCGAACGCCCACCCCGCCACCCACCACGAUGAGCCAACUCCUGAUCCCGAACACAUGGUUGGGAGCAACGAAAACGGCGGCACCGCUGAUGAUCGUCAACGCUACCGACACGGGCAGCUGGGGGUCUUCAGACAUUUUUCCCGCUUCGACCAGGCAUCGCGUCCCAUCGUCUCGGACAACUGGAGGGCCAAGGGCGCUGCCGAGUCUGGUACUAGGCCCCGUCUGUCCUCUCUCAUGACGAGCAACAUCGGGAGCAACAUGGCUAAUUCACCCUCACCCGUCACUUCGAGCCAUUCACACCUCUACACACCAACCCGCAGCCCCCUACUUCCUCCCGUCAACUCCAACAUCGCAGGCUUUGUCCAGACGAACUCGAGUCCAAAGCCCCCACCGACUCCAGUCUCAUUGUCAACCCCAAUCUCGAUGGCAUUCCCGGGACGCAGCAUCGGCUAUGGUCAUUCUCAUCACUCCUCCGGCGGCAGUUUCGGUACAUCGAACGGUUUCUCCCCGACUCCUGGGGGCGGAAACGCCAACAUGGCUCCCGCAUCCGCCUCCGCCUUCCCCAUUGCCACUCAGAUGAACAGCCUAAGCCUGCGCAAUGGUAACAACCCACUGAGCAACAGCCAUGUUAACAACGGAUUCGCCCAGAUGAAUACCGCCGGCAGCUACAGCAGCUGUCACGGCCAAGGCACGGCCACCAUUCCAGUGACCAUCUCCCCCGACACGCUCGGCUACUGCUUUAUCCGCCCAAACGGCACCCGCACCCGCCUGGUGCCCGUCGACAUGCUGCCGUACCAGCUGUGGGGGCUUCCAGCGCAGGAGACCGGGAACGAGCGGCUAGUUGUGCUGCCUGUGCCGGCGGGGGUUGAGGGUGACGGGCGGUCGACCAACAAUGAGGUCUUGAGGGCGGGUACUUCUCCGGGCAGAAAUGGUGGUGGUGAUGCUAUUCAGUCCCACAUCGACCGCAUCCUCGCCGCCCCCUCCGAAUCCCAACCCCCGUCCCCCGCCUACCACCACCACCACCAGCACGACAACGCCCAACGCACCCACCCGAGCUUCACCUCCAACCCAGCCCAAGGCCAAACCCAAACCCAAAGAGCAGCUCUUCUAACACCCACCUCGCAGGACACGAACAUCAACUACCACAGCCACCACAACCACAACACCGCCACCGCCAUCACCACCACCCCCACGACCAGCAACAACAACAACAACAACAACAACAACAACAACAACAACAAAAAGAUCAAGAUCUACUGCGAUAAGUGGGUGCACGAGGGCGUCUGCGCCUUCACCCAGCAGGGCUGCAAGUACAAGCACGAGAUGCCGGCCGACAAGGCCACGCAGCACCAGCUCGGCCUGUUCCUCGGCUACCCCGUGUGGUGGAAGCGCCGGCAGGGGGAGCUGGCGCGCGCCCAGGUGGCGGGGCCGCCGGUUGGUGGUGGUGGUGGUGGUGGUGCUUCGGGGUUGGGGGCGGGGGAGAUGGGGGUGGUGAGUCCGAGCGGGCCGCUGUCCGAGCAGGUCUCACGUCGGGGUGUUACCGCCAACGGGGGUCUGGCUGCCUCGCGCUGGGGCGGCGGCCUCAAUAGCCCCAGCGGCAACAACGGCGACAGAAUCGAACAUGGGUUUGCCGGGGACAGGCUCCUCCCACCGUCCUGGCGGACUCCGGCAUCUGUCGAAGCCUCCCGGCGGUACCCUAAUCUACGGCUGCAGAACUACGACGACAUCGACGCCAGCCCCAUCAACAGACACGAACUAGGACGACCCCGUCAUAUCGCACCGGAACCCGGGCGUGGCAUCAGACAGUAUAUCACUGCCACCAACAACACCCACACCUCUACCCCCACCCCAACCCCAACCGCAGCCCACGGCGCCCGCUCCUGGCCCUGGGAGGAACAACACUACGCCCGCCGCACCCUCCAGUCGCAGUCACAGCAGCAGCCCCAGGCCCAGCCAUACCAACCACAAGCCGGCCAACCCGGCAGCGGAGGUCCUGCCGCCUGCCCCUUCACCUUCCACCACACAACACCCACAUCAUCCGCAUCCCCCUACGGGCCGAUCGCGCCGCCCCCGCGCAACCCGCGUUCGAGCACCACCACCACCACCUCCACCAACAACACCAACACCAGCGGCAGCGGCACCGGUACCCGCCCCGCGCGUGAGAUUCCCAACCCCUACGCCGCGCUGUCUAGCGGAGCCAAGGCCGGUCCCGGGCCGGGGCCGGGGCCCGGGAAUGGAGCUGGGGCUGGAGCUGGAGCUGGGACUGACAUGGGUGCUGACACGGGUGCUGCUGCUGGUGGUGGCGGCGGCGGAGACGGGGACGGAGAUGGAGAGGGGGAUCUGCUCGGCGGGCUACCCACGGGCGCUUGA